AUGGCAGCCAACUAUUGGGAGUCAACGCAGAGGCGCUUCUGGCAGUUCUCGAAGGAUGAACUUGCGCAGAUGCGCGACGAGCUAGAGAAGAGUGACCAAGCUCUGGUACAAAUGUUUCCCUUGCCACGAAGGACACAUCUACACAUAUACUUCAACCAACAGCUUAGUCGUAUAAGCAAGAGACUUGGAAUCAAGCAACAAGCAGUUGCUACAGCCCAGUUAUAUAUCAGACGGUUCUAUUGUAAAGUCGAAAUACGUCGAACAAAUCCGUACCUCCUUCUCACCACCGCCUUAUACCUGGCUUGCAAAAUGGAGGAAUGUCCGCAACACAUCAGGAUGUUUGCGACAGAAGCUCGAUCUCUAUGGCCCGACCUACUUCAUCCCGAGGUAUCGCGCAUCGGUGAAUGCGAAUUCUUCCUCAUAUCGGAAAUGAAUUCGCAGCUAAUAGUCCACCAACCUUACCGAACCUUGACGAGCCUCCAAUCCGACUUCUACUUGACCCAAGACGAGGUUAAUCUAGCCCUAUCGGUUAUAAACGAUCACUAUAUGACAGAUUUGCCCCUUUUAUACCCUCCACAUAUUAUCGCUCUCACGGCAAUCCUCCUUGCCUUGGUCCUCCGUCCGAAUCCAGUACCAGGUGGAAAUAAUGCCGCGAACAUGGCAGCAGCUACAGCAGCGCUCGCGCAAGCCCAACAGAAUAGGCCUGGCUCCGGUAGUAAUCAUCAGAACAAUGCCAAUGCCACCGAGAAGGACAAGCAACAAGAAGCACGAGUUACUAAGGUGCAGCGUUUCGCGGCCUUUUUGGCGGAAAGCAAUGUCGAUAUCGAGGGCAUGAUAGAUUGUACACAAGAGCUGAUUUCAUUUUACGAAUGUCACGAACAAUAUAACGACAAAAUGACCCGCGAACAAGUUAACAGGUUUGUCAAGGCCAGAGGAUUAGAUAAACACUAG